AUUUAGCAUCCGAAUUGGAAUCAGUACGGCUUUUGUUUGCUGAGAAAGAAAAAGAAUUGUCAUCAGCAAUUCAAAAAGUUGGUGAUUUGACACUUCAGUUAGAUGAGUUAAGGCAGGGAAAUCUGAAUGAACUCAAAAAUGAUAAUGUUUCCAUUUCUUCCUCAACUCAAGAGCUUGUUAAAUUACGGCAUGAGCUGUUGUAUCAUACAAAGUUAACUGAACAACAAAACACUCGAAUAACACAACAGAGGAAACUCAUAACACAACGUCAAGAUGAAGUAAUGCGUGCAGAUCAAAGGAUAUGGGAACUGAAACAAAGACUGCAUCGUAAACAGCUACAUAAUCAACAACUCUCCAAGCAAUUACAGAUGACAGUCACAGUUCCUAAACAAGGUGUUUCAAAACAAUUGAGACCAUUAAGCUGUAAUGUUGCUGCAGUUGAACCAGUUAGGAGACCCCAAGAACCAGAAAGGUCUCAAGAUGAUAUUCAUGCAAAAUUGACUAGUAUUGAUGAUUUCAAAGAAUUUUUUCCAAAUAAGAAUGAUCCUAAGUAUCAAACACUGCCUUAUAAUACUAAAUUUGCUGUAAGAAAUGGAACUCCUCCUGACGAACCUGAUUCAACUGUACCUAAAGUGGAUAAUAGACCUGUGGCAUUUAUGCCACCUGAUAUUGAAAAGGGAAAUAUGCUCAUUGCAAAAGCUGUUCCUGCUGGAAACAUCUCCCCAUCUAACGUUUCUUCAAAUAAGUCUUAUCCAUCAUCUAGGAUAAACCAUUUUACUCCUCGCCCUUAUGGCCCUGUAUAUAAUUUAAGUCAAGCCUCACCACUUCCUGUUUCUGGAAGUAAUAGUACUGCUGUCGUUCAUCCUGUCAUAACAAGUAGUAAUAAUUAUCAACCAUCCAAUACUGCAACAUCACUUCCCUACAGUCCAAUUAAAAGCAAUAAUACAUUCAAUAGUAGUGUGAAUCAAACAGAAAGAACAGAGAAAUCUAAUUAUAUUACAACAAAUUCAACUAUAUCCACAAAUUCAAUUCCAUGGGUAAAAUCAUUACCUGGAAAAAGUGAAAAUGCCAAACUUUUACCUGAGAGCAGUUCAUCUACACAAAACAAACCAAUAGUUCCUCCUAAACCAGUAAAACCUCUUCCUCCUCCAAGGCAGAUACAUACAGAAGGAAAUUCUGGAGAUAAACAAGAAAAUGUGGAUUUAGCAUUAGCUGUCCUUAAAAGUUCUGGAUUAGAAAAUACAAGUGGAUUUAGGUAAAGAAUUUUUUCUAUAAAAUCAGACUUUAAUAUCAUUAAUUUUGAAAAC